GUGGUCAUCAAUAACCUUGGGGGUAAAGGGCCAUCGCGGCAAAUGAAGGCGGAGGAGAUCCGGUAUGUGAAUGUUUGCAGCUACCAUGGUCAUUCCGUUGACCUGGUGAUCCAAACACCGGGGAAUUACACUCCCGGCGACUCCUCCCUGAACGCCCUGGCUGGAGCAGCCUGGCAAGUCGAUCCGCUUGGGUGA